UUCACCAUAAACAAAAAGAAUCUGAACCAACAAAGCCAAACAUGAAAGGCACAUUUACUAACUUGCUUGUGCUUCUCCUCAUUGCACUUGUUUGUGCCAAUGUCGGUGCUAGGAAACUUAUUCCCGGAGAUACCCAAUUCAAGGAUGAAAAAUCUUUCCUCGGAGGGGGCGGAAGCGGUGGUGGCCUAGGGCUUGGCCUUGGUGGAGGAGCUGGUCUUGGUGGACUUGGGAUUGGGGCUGGGAUCGGCGCAGGAGCCGGACUAGGGUUAGGUGGAGGCGGUGGUGGUGGACUUGGAGGUGGUGGCGGUGGACUCCUCGGUGGAGGCGGCUUUGGCGGAGGAGCCGGUGGCGGACUCGGUGGCCUUCCUUGAACGUAUUGUCAAGUGUGCGUGUGAGAGCUGAUUCUCAGCUUAUUACACCAAUUAAGUCACUUUCAUAAUUUCAUUGUAUUAAUAAAUAUUGAGGGUUUGA